AUGUACUCAAGUGAUCAUUCAUCAUCUAGACUGCCAUUAAGGGUUGCGAUUGAACUCUUGAGUGGCAGAGUUGGCCAGCUAUGUCAGUUUAUAACUGAGAGUGGACUGCAACCCCCGCAACUGCCACCCGAGAAGGACGAGGCGUUGAAAAGAAUAUUGGAAAGCCUUGGACAUAUCAACGAGUCAAAGUCAAUCAUAUCACUACCUAACGAGCUCGAGACCAAGAAAAGUUCCGAAAUACAUGGAAGUUACGAUGGGCGUUUACCUGAAAUGUCGGCGAAUCACAUUGUGCCCAACAAUUCCGCGUCCAUAGCUCCAUGCAGUGAUAGAUUGGCCGAGGGUAUGAGCGAUACAGGUGUUCACAACAUAUCUAGCUCCCCACUAUGCGCACAUAAUAUCCCUUUCGACUUUCCAUUUGGUGAGGCCACGACAAACAUUGCCCAAGGCAGCCCGAACAGCGUUCUCAGCUCUUGGGACUUGGAUCUUGGAUUCAUGACGUGCAUCAAUCCUACAGCUAAUGGUGCACAAUACCUCUCUGGUUCGCCCCAGGGAGCAACUGCUAUCGAGCAAGAUGGGUUUGUAAAUUUUCUCGAACCAACCGUGCACGAUGAUGAUGAGACGCUCGCGGAGGAAACGGGAAGCAGUGAAGAUAUUGAAAAGCUUAUUGAUGAGGUUUCUGACCGAGUAGGAACUAUCAGGAUUGGGCCUGGGGGCAAGACACAGUUCUGCGGCCCAACGUCAACAUUCAACCUGACGGGAACGAUGGAGUCAGAAGAGUCUGAGUUGCAGUCCAUAAACGAGGCUUAUGCUUCAGAGUACUAUGAUCGCUCCGGGUCUAACCAAGAAAUACCGUCAACACUGGAGGAGCACCUCAUAAAUCUGUAUUUUUGCUGGCAAGAUCCAUUUUGCCACAUCGUCGAUCGAAAUAUGUAUUCGGAAGCCAGAAGGAAAUGGCAGGAUAUGGAGGACACGCCUUUCUAUUCAGAAGCCCUGCGAUAUGUCAUGUGUGUUGUUGGAAGCGCUUUCGAGUCUCGCUUCCAUCCGGCUCUUGUCACAUUCCCGAAGUCACUGGUAGACUUUCUUGGGACUCGAGUGAAAUCGAUAUUGGAGCUUGAAUUAGAUGACCCUUGCGUGGCAACCGUCCAGGCAUUGGUGAUUCUUAGCAAUCAUGAGAUUGGAAAUGGCAAAGGCAGAAGAGGAGGUGACAUCACAUCGGCAGACGCUGAACUUCGUCGAACAGUAUUUUGGGCUGCAUAUACGGCUGAUCAUCAGCUUGGAUUUAAUCUCGGACGGCCUUCUCGUACCAGCAUGGAGGAUGUAACCGUUCGGAAGCCACAAGGUCAAGUGGGUCAAUCGGAGCAUUACCGGUGGGUGCCAUAUGAAGUUCAAGGUGACAUCAAUUCGACGACUGGCUUGUUAGAUUGUACCGAAGCUGUGAGUCAGCAGAUGGUUUCUCUCUGUGAGCUUAUGGUUCCAUGCGGCUAUAUAUUAUAUGGCACAUCAAGAAUCUCAAAGCCAGUUCUACAAGAGCUUAACGCGAAAAUUGUCGCUCAACUGCACAUGUGGAAGUCCAACCUCCCGCCCUUCCUGCAGAUCAAUCUUGACGACUACACCUCGGCAUAUUUACCACAUGUAUUGCUACUGCACAUGCAAUACCAUCAAAAUAUAAUAUACGCUCACCGACCAUGGAUGUCCAAAAAUGGGCUCCAGCCAAACCCGCCUAAGGGACCGGGUUAUCUCCAUGCUCGUGAGAUGUGUAUAAGCUCAGCCAUCGCCAUUUCGAAAAUACUUGUUCUCUAUGAAACACGAUAUACCCUACGUCGCAUUAAUGUCAAAGCAGUCUCAAUAACGUCUUCUGCCAUUCUUUUACUUCUUUUCGCCGCUGUGACAAAGUAUCCUCCCCAUCCACAAUCUGAGAUCAAACAAUACUUGAACUCUUGUUUCCGAGCGUUGGAUGAUUUUUCGCUGUCUUGGCAGAGCGCUCGACGAGCCAAGGAUCUCCUUGUUAAUUUACAGCACCAAUGGGAAAUUCGAACAAAAUCAAGGAAAGACAUCAAAAAUCUCGAAAAGAUUAUUUAUCUACCUCGAAAACGCCCUCGGGGUUCAAGCAGGGUAUAUAGAGUGAUGCCCGUGGGACGGGAGGCAUUUGCAUGUCGUAGAUACGAGCCAGAGAUGGACAUUUACGUAGGCACUGAGCCGGGCUUGAUGCCUAUGAAUGAUUCGCGAUCAGGACUUGACAACCGCAACAAAGAUUCCUUUGAUAUUGCGCCGGGCUGUGGCCUUGAUGCGCCCUAG